AUGGAUAAUCAAGAGCAAGGGGAUAUAAAUGACAGCCAGUCACCUGGACAACUCCUCGACCGUGCUAGGACCAAGCUGUUAGCAGAAGAAAUGGCUCUAUUAAAGAGCUUAACAAUGUUCAGCGAUUUCACGCGGUAUGAACCUCCAAUAGGAGGUCGAUUCCCGAAGGAAACUUAUGACAAUAUCAUUUCUGCAAUCCAAGCUAUCCUUACCAGUAUGGACUUGAUGGCACUUGCAACUAGAAAUCUUGAGCGUAUGUCAGGAUACAGCCCGGCCACAGAUGUGGUUGAUGACAAUUCGCCCGGUGCGAGAAGGAGACCCAGCAGGACCGCAGCAUCGAGGCAUCAAAUCGCUGAGGGAGAAAGGUGGAUUCAACAUCUGGCUGAGGCAGCUAACUCACCGGAAUUCCGUUCGGGAGUGAUCACCUCUGUGCUAUACCAUCUAUCGGCUGCCGUUACAAACUGCCUCUGUCUGCCACCGUACCUAGCUCCUCCACACCCUUUCCCGCUAGCACGGAGGCUGCGGCACAUAAACGAAGAUUUGUUGAAAUUCAAGAAUGUGGAGAACCCCUCAUUUGCCGCUAUAAUUGCGAUUGAAGUCUUGAGCUCCAUGGUAAGCUCGAAUUUAAAGACAUUAAUGAGGUUUGCUCUCCCUUUCAGUUAUCCUUAA